UCUUCUUCGUAGUGCCAACAAGAAAAUUCUUCCGUUUCUCCCUCUCUCUUUUCAGCAAAAACUACCGCGUUGCUGUUUGAUAUUUUGAUUUCCUUCUCAGAAAAAAAAAGAAUGGCAGGAAGUAGUAGUACUCAAUUUAGAAAAGCUCUUGGAGCUCUGAAAGACUCCACAAAGGUGGGGUUGGCGAAGGUUAACAGUGGUUACAAGGAACUGGAUGUUGCAAUUGUAAAGGCUACAAACCAUGUUGAGCGUGUAGCAAAGGAGAAGCAUGUUCGCUUUAUAUUUGAGGCAAUUUCAUCUUCAAGACCGAGAGCUGAUGUUUUGUAUUGCAUACAUGCUCUUUCCAAACGUCUUGCUAAAACACAUACUUGGGCGGUUGCUUUGAAAACUUUGUUCGUGAUACAUCGUGCAUUAAGGGAAGUCGAUUCUUCAUUCCGCGAAGAACUUAUUAGUUAUAGAAGGACCAGAGGUCAAAUGCUGAACUUGUCUCAUUUUAAGGAUGACUCAACUCCACAAGCAUGGGAUUAUUCUUCAUGGGUUCGGAUAUAUGCUCUAUAUCUAGAGGAGCGGUUAGAAUGCUACAGAAUACUAAAUUAUGAUGUUGAGACGGAUCGCCCAAGAACUAAGGAACUCGACACUGCUGAUUUGAUUGAACAAUUACCAGCCUUGCAGCAGCUUCUUUUCCGCCUUCUUGCUUGCUUGCCAGAGGGAGCGGCUACUUAUAAUAUUGUGAUUCAGAAUGCACUUUCACUUGUAGCAAUCGAAAGCAUUAGGCUUUAUGCAGCAAUAAAUGAUGGUAUCCUCAAUUUGGUUGACAAGUUUUUUGAGAUGCAGCAACAUGAUGCUCUUAGAGCACUUGAAAUUUAUAAGAGGGCAGUGAAUCAGACGGAGAAGUUAUCUGAAUUCUACGAAAAAUGCAGAGGACUUGAGCUUGGACGAGGGCAAAAGUUUAUCAAACUUGAAAAGCUUCCUGCAUCAUUUCUCGCCGCGAUGGAAGAUUAUGCAAAGGAAGCUCCACGAUCACUAAUAAUCCAAAGGACUGCGGUAAACGAUGAAAAAGGGGCUACACCAAAAGCACGACCUACUACAAAUGAAGUUUCACCCACCAAGGCUAUUGAGCCAAAGAGAGAAAUAGAGGACGAAGAAAAUCGUGAGACAUCCCUAUCCCCUUCGGAAGACCUUAUGAGUGAACAAAGUGAGGCUCCAGUAGUCCCACCUUUUUCUGAUCUCUUGGGCUUAGACAGUGAAGUGAGCCAGGAUGCAUCCGAAUUGGACGACAAAAACUCUCUUGCACUUGCUAUUUAUACCUCUGAAGAUCCAUUAAAUCCUGGAAACCCUCCAAGUUUCACAGCUGAAAGUAGUGGGUGGGAGCUUGCUCUUAUUGGCGCACCAAGUUCUAAUGAAACUGCUGUGGCCGAGAGCAAACUGGCUGGUGGCCUGGACAAAUUAACACUUGACAGUCUAUAUGAGCAUGCAAUCGCGAGCCAGGCAAAUAAUAGCCAAGAUUCAAGCAACCCCAACGGUGCCUAUCAAGCGGGACAGAUGGUUCUAAAUCCUUUCGUGACGGGCCCUGGAUUUACCGAAGACCCAUUUUUCGCCUCCAACGGUAUUGCACCACCGCCCAAUGUCCAGAUGGCGGCAAUGAACCAGCAACGCCAACUUAUGCAGCAACAACAACAGCAGCAACCACAACAUCAGACAAAUAAUAGCCAAGAUUCAAGCAACCCCUUUGGAAACCCGUUUCUUGCAGAAGAUGUUCCAUCUUAUCCGCCACCUCAAAAUCCCUACACAGGCUUCAUUUAGGUUUUGCAAGAUUUGUUUUAGAGAUAAGCAAGGGUAUAUGUACAAGGAGGAGCAAGUGAAAAUUGAUUAAAGAUUUAGGAGUCGUAGAUAUUUGGCGUGGCUAGCAGAGGCAGGCGGGUGCCACAAAUGACUUGGUUGGUUAUUAUUACUCCUACACUCCAAGUAUUUUCUGCCUCUUCGAGAUUUCCCUUCUCCUCAUGGUAUUAUCAAAUUCUCUUCAUCUCUUGGUAUGAUCAAAUUCUAACACAUCUGCUGCAAAAGUAGGUGUUAAGAAGAGACGAUGUACAUAUGAAGUUAAAUCUAUCUCAUGAGUAAUUACUCGGUUAACAAUGUUUGUCAUGGAGGGGGUGUGCAAGGGGGUUGGUUAGAAUGUAAUUAAAUCUAUCUCAUGAGUAAUUCGUCUGUUGAUUUCCUACCCGGGAAGAAUGUAACAUGCAUGGCAACAAUAUUACUGCGUCUAAAC